GCAUCAUCUUCAGCUUCUGGUAGGCGAAUGAGCUUCACAAGCACGAUGCUUGCUGGCAAAGUUGGAUCACUGGCUCGCAGGAGCAUACUGAUUUCUUCAGAGGGAAAGUCUUUUGACAGGGGCUCCAUAGCAAGUUGCAGACCUCUUGUCCAGGUUUAUGAUGACCUAGGAAAAGAUGUGACUCCCCGUCCACUCUACCAGCCUGAGCCAAGUGCUGCCGGACCCACCCCCGGGCCCAUACACAGACAAAGCAAAAUCUUAUCAACCCAAGAUUUUGCUGGGGCAGUGCCAACAGAAUUCUUGUCAUCCCUCUCUCUGCAACAAGCAUCUGGGACAAGUAUUAGCUUAGCAGGCCCAUUCUCCAGAACUUAUGGUAGUAGCAGUAUUACAAAGUCUACUACUUCUACUGAAUCAAUGGCAGAAGAAAUUAUAGAACCUGGAUCCAGACAUGACAUGCUUGCUAGUUUUAUAGAUGUUCAGGUCAGGCGAGAGGAAGUGCCAGAGCCACUGACAAAGCGUGACCUGGAAAAGCGUGUGGAUAUUUUCCUCACGGAGACAGAAACAAUUUGGUUAUUUGACAUGCCAACUGUCAUGCUGUCUACAGAGGCUGAGGAAGCUGACUCUGUGAGAAAAAAGAACAUAGCUUACAUGGAACUCUGUAAAAACAGAGCUGGCAAUGACCGAUAUGUCAACAGAAUGAUGCAAACAAUAGGCGGCGUACCAAAAACUAAGGAAAUGCAAUGUGACAAAAUUAUCAUGGAUGACAAAGAGAUAAUGGCCACCAACUGGGAUUUGUAUGAUUCCUUUAAUGCACUGGAAGCAGCUAUCAUGGAAAAAACUACCAGACCACUAAGUGUGACCAGCAGUAAGUCAACUGUAUACAGGGAACGCGACAGAGCCAUGUCUGUAGCUUCUGUAGGGAGAGAAAGCACCGCAAGUUCUAUCAUUGAUUUGGAAAGUGUAAUUCUCUCCCGGAUUCACGAAGAGAUAGAAGACCACUCAGAAGCUAUACUGAAAUCUGAAAAAUUUAAUCAAGAUUUGUUUUAUAUGGAGAGGGUCCUAAUGGAGAAUAUUUUCCAGCCCAAACUUGCAGCUUAUCGGCAGCUUCCUGUCCUCCUAGAGCCGACUGUCAAAUCUGAACAUAGCCUUUCUGGAUUUGAAGAGGAAUCCAUAGAGGAGGAGGAGGAGGAGGAGGAAGAGGAUGCGCUCUCAGUUAGGUCAUCACUUCUGUUAGAAUUUAGUUCAGGACGAGAGGAAAUCCUACCACCUUAUAUAGAAGGCUUGUGGACCUAUGCAUGUGAUUUGAUGAGAGGAAACAAUGUGAGCUGCCUAGCUUGGAACAAAGUGAACCCUGAUCUACUGGCUGUUGGUUAUGGACAGUUUCGUUUUAAAGAGCAGAAGAAAGGCUUGGCUUGCUGCUGGUCACUGAAGAACCCAACGUGGCCAGAGCGUGUCUAUCAAUCUCCUCAUGGGGUAACUGCAUUGGAUUUCUCUCUAGCCAAUCCAAACCUCUUAGCAGUUGGAUUGUACAAUGGGACAAUUGCAGUCUACAACGUCCAGACUCAGCAUACAACUUCAGUUUUAGAUACCAGCGAAUCUUACGAUAAACACUUGGGCCCUGUGUGGCAGCUGAGGUGGGUUGAGCAGGACAGGGGAAUAACAGGAGAAGACAAAGGGGAGAUACUAGUCUCCAUAUCAGCAGAUGGCAGAGUGACUAAGUGGUUUGUUCGGAAAGGAUUAAGCUGCAAUGAUCUGAUGAAACUCAAGCGAACAGCAAGUGACAAGAAAAAGGGAGGGGCAGAAAAGAAAAGUGAAGCACUGAUAUCUCGACAAGCUCCAGGAUUAUCCUUUGAUUUCCAUCCAAAGGGCCCGGUAUACAAGAUAGCAUGGAAUCCAUUCAGUACAGAAGUGUUUCUAAGUUGUUCUGCAGACUGGAGUAUUAUAUUGUGGCGCGAGGAUUCAGUCCGUCCUGUUUUGACUUUCAGUUCCACUUCCAAUGUUAUUUAUGAUAUAGUGUGGUCUCCCACUUCAGCAUACGUGUUUGCAGCAGCGAACGAAACCAGGGUGGAAAUCUGGGAUCUUAGUGUCAGCACCCUGGAUCCCCUGAUUGUGCACCCCGCCACUGGAACUGUGAAAUUCACGGCUGUGCUUUUUGCUAAAAACGCAGAUUGCCUUCUAAUUGGCGACAGUGAAGGAUCAGUCACUGUGUACGCACUAAGGAAUAUGAUCUCUCCAGACAGAAAGAAGCUGGAUGCUUUGCAUGAAAUGAUUGGCUCUGUUCUAACCAGUCCAGUGUAGAUAUUUUUACAGCAAUAGUCCAUGAAUAAAGGACGUGAUAUUUAAUGCCCAGCAGUUAAUUAUGCAACAAC